AUGGAUGAUGCCGAUUCGGCCAACCCGCAGCUGCUGGCUUGGGUCAAAGAAUGGCUCGAUCUUGCGCGCGAACGCAAUUCAAAAGGCGUUACAACGUACAGAACUGCCUAUAAUUCGUUAAAAGCAUGUCCAAUCACCUUUGAACACCCUGCGCAGUUGCAGCAACUCAAAGGUUUCGGCCCCAAACUUUGCGAACGCCUUGAGCAGCAAUUAAAGAAAUACUGCGAACAAAAUGGUCUGCCUAUGCCCCCACACCCAAGGUCUCGUAAGGCGAUGCCAGUUGCUGGAGUCGACAAUGGCGAGGGCUCUUCAAAGCCUGCCAAAAAGUCACGGAAACCCAAAGCAUAUGUUCCUGCUUUACGCUCUGGAGCCUAUGCCUUAGUGGUUGGCCUUUCCACGUUAGAUGAAGACUCUUCUGCUGGCAUGACAAAGACGGAACUCAUUGAAGUUGCACAACCGCAUUGUGACUCAUCUUUCUCGGCUCCUAGCGACCCUACCAAGUUUUACACUGCCUGGAACUCGAUGAAAACUUUGCUGCAAAAGGAAUUGGUGUACGAAAGAGGACGACCUCUACGGAGAUACGCCUUGACUGACGAAGGAUGGGAAGUCGCAAAACGCAUAAAAGACACAGAGCACUGGCAGGCCGAGAAUGGAAAAGCUGAAAACCCGACUUCAGCACAGCCUGUUAAUCCAGAUUGUCAACUAAUUUCCAAUCGUGGGCCUAGGUCGCCUUCGAUUGAAAUUUCCGAACCUGCGAAAGCGCCUUCAGAAUACCAAAACGUUGUGUCUGAUGGCCCAACAAUAUCAGACGACAAUUCGGUGCCAAACUUUACACCAAUCCGACUACCUCCGGGGUCCUUUACGGUACACUUAGUGCUAGACGUUCGCGAGGUCAGAGCGAAGACUGAUCGCGAUUAUAUGCAAGAGGAGCUAGCAAAACUGGGCGCAAAACCCAUCAUGCGAAGUAUGGAACUUGGAGAUGCCCAGUGGAUCGCGAAAUGCCAUGACCCAAAUCUGCUCGCAUCACAAGGUGCUGAGGGAGCUGAGGUCAUUUUGGACUGGAUUGUUGAAAGGAAACGCCUUGAUGACCUGAUAGGGAGUAUCAAGGAUGGUAGGUUUCACGAGCAAAAGUUUCGCCUGCAGCGCUCAGGUGUGAGGAAAGUUAUUUACAUCAUCGAGGAGAUCUCCAUGGACCCGGAAGUAGCAUCUAGAUAUGCCGAAGCCGUCCGGUCAGCCAUUGCCUCCACACAAGUCGUCAAUGGCUACUUUGUGAAGAGGACGGCCAAAAUGGACGACACAGUCAGGUAUCUUGCUCGCAUGACAGCGAUGCUGAAGCGGACAUACGAGAGCAAACCACUCAACGUCAUUCCUACCAAAAUUCUUACUUCUCAAAAUUAUCUUCCUCUGCUGAAGCACCUGAGAGAAUCUAUAUCUCCAGACUGGUAUAUCACUUACCCCGCCUUUUCGUCACUUGCAUCCAAGUCAGAGUCUAUAACUCUGCGAGACGUAUUUUUGAAAAUGCUUAUGACUACAAAGGGUGUCACGGGAGAAAGAGCGCUCGAAAUACAGAAGCGUUGGAAAACUCCGUAUGAUUUUGUCAAGGCUUUUGAGGCUUGCGGAAGUGGUGAACAGGGGCUGAAACGCAAACGCGAGCUGGUCUUUAGCCAGACAAGUCAUCUUGUCGGUCGAAAGAAGUUUACCAAGCCUUUGAGCACCAAAAUUGCAGAAGUCUGGGGUGACGCAUAA